AUGGUCUCGAAUUCUGCGGCCCUGACCCCAGGGCUGUCAUCAUUCCUCAAGUCGCUGAAAACUACACCGAUCGAGACAUCUAUCGAUAAUUUAGUCUCUCUGUUAAAACGACGACAAAUUCGUCUGUCACGGUCAUGUGCCAUAGCUACUGCCUAUCUCCUUCUACGAGUCGUUUCUGCCUUUCGAACUACCGAUGCCGCAAGAUUAAUAGAGCGAGUCCAGAGUGUAGGCAGGCGCUUGAUGAUCGCUCAGCCUAGGGAAUUGGUUGUGGGGAAUAUCGUUAGGCGUGUGCUGGGACUGAUUCGGGAUGAGGCAGAGGAUGAGAGGGAUGCAGAUUUCUUCAUGGCCAGCGAAGCUGGCUCUGACAGUCGUCCACACACGCCCCAUGGCGCCGAAAGCCAUUCACCUCCCCGCUCCCACGCUGGUUUUGGUGACGAUCAUAUAAUUCCCGUACACGACAAGGAUCUGUCGUACCUUCGUCAAGAAGGAUCUGAACGCUCAUCUUCCCGCCCUCCUCUAUCUUCUUCCCCUUCAGUACAAGGACCACCUGUGAUAUCGAUGUUCAGUCUUCUUCAGCAUCCAGAAAUAGGGUCACCGCAGCCGAGCUCACCAGGUACCGCCUCUCCAUCAGGCAGAUUUCAAGCACAAGGUCAACACAGAGACGUCCGGGCCGAAGUCCUGGACGGAAUUGGCGAAAUCAUCGACGAACUAGGUCAAGUCGAUGACCAGAUUGCGGGAUACGCUUUGGAGCAUAUUCACUCGAACGAAGUCAUCUUGACCUACACAUCCUCGGCCACGGUUCAAAAAUUCCUACUUAAAGCUGCGUCAAAACGCAAGUUUACAGUCAUUCAUGCAGAGUCCUACCCAAACGACCAUGAUGCGACCCACUCACGGGUUAGUGGAAAUGCCGAAAACGACGAAGAACACCUAAACGUGGAAUCGUUUCAGAAGCCAUUGACGGCGUUGGGAAUCACAGUCAUACUUAUUCCCGACUCAGCUGUAUUCGCUAUUAUGUCUCGAGUUAACAAAGUAAUCCUUGGAACCCACUCAGUCCUGGCUAACGGUGGUUUGGUCGCUGCCGCUGGCACGAGAGUGAUUGCUAGAGCAGCCAAGGUUCAUCAAACCCCUGUUGUGGUUGUCAGCGGUGUUUACAAAUUGAGCCCCGUUUAUCCAUUUGAUACGGAGUCUCUCAUUGAGUACGGGGACCCGAGCAAUGUGAUUCCUUAUGAAGAUGGUGACUUGGUCGACAAAGUUGAUGUUGACAACCCGCUAUACGACUACGUACCAGCCGAGCUGGUAGAUCUUUACAUCACCAACUUGGGAGGUCAUGCACCAUCGUAUCUUUACCGUAUUGUUUCAGAUCAUUAUCGGAAAGAGGAUAUUACUUUUUAA